UCAAUCAAAAAAAAAUGUUUACGCUCGCUCUCACCAACCAAACUGAAAAAAGUUCAACUUCUGGUGCGAUCUCCAUUGCGCGUCCGUGAUUUUUGUGCAACUUUUAACCAGUUUUGUAGCUCAUUGUCGCUUCGAAAGCAAUGGUAUCGAUUGUUCCUUCCCGUUUUGCCGGUUUACGAAUAGAGGACGAUGAUGACGACUACGUAAAACCGAAACAACAGAAGCAGAAAAAUACAUUGAAUCAGAAAACAGCAACUCCCGGCAAUAAUCAGAAACAGGCCGGUAAUCAGCAAAGCCAGCAGAACAGUCAAAAGAAACCGAAACCGAAACCUAAAAAGCCCGCCAACGAAGCAGCACAAUCGGAGCAAUGGAACAAAUGGCAACAAAAAGACACUGAAAUAGUCGACAAUCAUUUUGAGAAGGAUUUGGAACAGGCUCUACUACUAUCGAAGCUCGAUUUUGAGGCUAACAAAGUGAAGUAUGAUAAAACCGAACGAGAAGCAAAGCAGUCUUCAAAGUCAAAAAAGUCUCGUCCUCUGUCGUUGCAACAGUUUCAGACAAAAGUGGACAAAGACACCGUGGAGAAGGAAGUGCAGAAGCAACGAAAGGAGGAGGAAAUUCAAUACAAUCGAAAGUUCACCUUUUUCGAGCAAAUCGACCGCGAAACGAAGCAAAUCAUUCAGAAGGAACAGUUCAAGGCGCUAGUUGCCAAUCGAGAGUAUAGCACUGAAAAUUCUCCCUCGGAAGAGGCCACAUCCAGCACUGAGCCACUUUCGGAGGAGGUAGUCACCGAAUUGGAUCUCCUGAAAGCGGAAAACUUUGCCCUAAAAGCGGAACUGGAAACGCUCCGGGCAAAGUACAAAAAAAUCUACUCCGUCCUGAAGAGUGGCGAAAUGAAGGACAAAACCGAACUGCUGGUCGAGAUAGAGAAGCUGAAAAAGACGCGAGAUGAUAUGACCGCCGAAAUGACGGCCCUUUACGCCCAGCUCGAGCAGGAGAAGUCCAAGGUGAGCUCGACGACCGGGCACGAGAAGGGCAAAGAGAAAAGUUCCGGCCGGAAGUCGGUCCGGUUCGAUGCUUCGUCGGAGGUGCAUAACGGUAAAGGCGAAUGAGCCGGGCGAGUGGCUGAAUUGAAUUCCUUAUUUUGAAUAAUUUUUCUUAAAUAACCUCAAUGAAGUGAAGAACGAUACUGAUCGUACGGUAUUUCAAAAUUUCCUUGAAUUUUUAAACCAGUAGCAAGUAAUUGAUUUUUAGUGCAAACGAAUAAAUGUAUAGAAUCUCCGAACAAUGAUUUAUUGGCCUUACGGGUGACUGGUAAUUAGACCAUGCUGUGGGCGACGUCUUCUCGCUUGUUCCAGGAACUUCUCGUAAUAAAAAUGUCCUUGGACAUAGAGUAUCAUCGUGCCGGUCACAUGAUAUAGGGGACACUCAAAGAAGAGAAUUGUUAGACAAAAGAAGCAACAAAUAAGGCGCGGCGAUUAUACUUUUUCCCAACUGAUAACAGAUAAAGACAUGAUCUCGAAAAAUUUUGUUGGAGACAAAACGGAGUCGAAUUUGUAGCGAAUAAUCGAUUUUUAUUGAACCGUAACUGCUUGAUGAUAGAUCUUCAACAGCUUUGCAGUGUUUACCGAUUCGAAGUUACCGCUCGAAAAUGGCAAUGCAUGGCUUACAA